CCCGGCCCCGCCCCCGCCCCGCGCGCCACUCCCCGGCUCCCGCCCGGCGCCCCGCUCCCCUCCCGGCCCCAAAAUGCCCCUUUUCAGCGUGCCCAAGGAAGUGGCCGUCGGGACGGCGAUGCUGGGGGUCGCCUUUGCCACGGGUUUGCUCGCAGGUAAAAGAUACCCAUCUUUAGUUUUUGGGACACCCAAAUCAUCCAAGAGCGUUAUGGGGAAAAGCAGUCCUCUCUGGCAGUACAUACUGGAUCACUCUUUGCGGGAACAUCCAAUUCUAAAGAAGCUGCGACUGCUCACCGCUGAUCAUCCCUGCAGUAAAAUGAUGGUGUCCUGUGACCAGGCUCAGCUUAUGGCAAAUUUGGUCAAACUCAUUAAAGCCAAGAAAGUUCUUGAAAUAGGUGUUUUCACAGGUUAUAAUGCCUUGAAUAUGGCACUUGUGCUGCCAGAUAAUGGCAGAGUUAUUGCCUGUGAUAUAAAUGAGGACUAUGUCAAAAUUGGAAAGCCACUGUGGAAGGAGGCAGGAGUAGAUGAUAAAAUUGACCUGCGGAUUAAGCCAGCAAUUCAAACACUUGAUGAACUGUUGGCCACUGGAGAAGCAGAAACCUUUGACUUUGCUUUCAUUGAUGCGGAUAAAGAAAGCUACAAUGAGUACUAUGAAAAAUGUUUGCGCCUCAUAAAGAGAGGGGGAAUAAUAGCUAUUGAUAAUGUCCUUUGGAGUGGAAGGGUGCUAAAACCAAGAAAGGAUGACUUGGCAACCCAGAGCAUCCACCACCUCAAUGAGAAGCUUCACAGAGAUGCACGGGUCAACAUCAGCAUGCUCCCAAUGGGGGAUGGAGUCACAUUAGCAUUCAAGUUGUAACUCAGGGAAGCCCAGCAGAUGGGAAGCAAACAGUAUCAAAUCAUCAAUAAAAAUACAGGCGGAGCAGUAUCAAAAAUGAUUAUUUAACCUAUAUCUCCACUGGAUAGCACUAGCCUGGGAAAGUAGACUUUAGGAGCAGCAGGAUCCUAAUGGCAGCUAAGUUGGGAAGAGAGACCUGUUUUGAGAUCUACUAUGGUUUCUUAUUUUAAUUGUAAUAAAGCAAGUAAAUAUA